AUGCCAGCCUUUACAGGAUCCUGCGUCUGUCGCAAGCUUGAAUACAAACUGUCACUUGCGUCUCCUGAAGAUGCGCGGACCUCGCUCUGCCACUGCCGAAACUGCAAAGUCCCCAAGGACAGUUUUCAGUAUACGAAGGGAACCCCGAAGCAGCAUGCCGCUGAUAAUGGCUCUGGUGUGACGAUCUACCGCGAAUUCUGCGAUACCUGUGGUAGUUUUAUUCUGGAGUAUGGGGAGAUGGCCAAAGACAAGUUUAGAUACAUCGCGGCCGGUUCUUUCGAUGAUCCUGAAGCAUUACCACCCAAGGGUGAGUUCUUCGGCAAGGCUCGAGCGAGCUGGAUGCCAGAAAUCCCCGGUAUGUUCAAGACAUGA